UUAGCAAGGCGCGAAGUGAGAAAGGGGAAAAAUUCUGUGUAUAUCGAUCUAUAGAUUUUCUCUUUCUAAACAUACUAGGACUCUCGCACUCAAACAGUCUCUUUAUAUCCAUUUUUAGAUGGAGACGUGAACAAAACAAUCUCCGAAUUGAGCCCGUCGAUGAAACCGAUCGUCGACGAGCCCUAAGCGUUUCUUUUUCUAUUUUUCUUUCGAUCGAUGGAAUCGUCGCCACUCGCCAGAUAUAUUCCUCAUAAAUCGAAGAAACGAGUGUUCCCGGGUAGUAGUUCUUCGUGUAUGGACCCGGAGGUGGUCGAAAUCUCUCCGCCGAUUACUCGGAGUUCAAAAUCUAGGUCGCAAAAACAAAAAGAGGUUAUGCACCAUGAAAUUAUCGAUAUUGACAUGGAUGAAGAUUCUGUUGAUGUUAUGCUCAUUGAUGAGAAAGUUGAUACAAAAAACAAAGGGAAGGAAGCUUUGGCCAAUUUUUCAAAUGGUCAUGGUGGUGCAGCAAACCCUAUAUCAGUGGAAGGGGUUCAGUUUUCUAAGAAAAGUUGUGACUCAGGACUGCGUAAUUCCAAUAAUCUAGAAGGUUUCAGUUCUGAUUUGUCUUAUGGUGAUGAUGAGUAUUUGGAUAUAUAUUAUGAUGAUUUAAUGUAUGACGAUGACUACACAACUCUGCAAGCACAUUUUGAUAAUAUAGAUAUUCCUCCUGGAGUUGAGGCUCCCAUUCCUUGGUUGUCUGAUAGUGCCCAAAAUAAGAAGCUGCCAGCUACUGCAAGUAAUUUAUCCCAUUCAAAUUUGCAACCGGCUUCUGUGGGUACUCCUUCUGGAACAUAUUCGUCCCCCUCUUUGUGGUUUCCUGAACAGGCCCAGAUUAAGAAAAAACCAAGUCCAAUGAGAAGUUCGAGGCGAACUCAAGUAGGGGCAUUGAGUCACUCUCGUGGGGUGGAGCCAUCGCCAUCUUGGUCAUUUCCAGAAUCUUUGCAAAGUAAAAAGAUUAGUGCUUCAUCUAGUUCAGCUUAUUCGAGUUCGCAAACCCAAAAGGAUGCUUUGAAUCUUCCUCCGGGGGUAGAACACCCAAGAUUUGUUUCAAAAUCAUCCCAUGGUAGAAAGAAGCUUCCUGUUUCUUUCAGUGCAGCUCAUCAUAAUUCGCAUAAACAAUUGGGCACUGUGAAGUUAUCUCCUAAUUUUGAGCCAUCUUCUGGUGGGUAUGUUUCCUCCAACAACCUGAAAAAUCAAGUCGGUAAUGGAAGUCUAACUCAUUCAGGUUUAUUUUUGAAUCUUCCUCCUGGGGUGGAUGCAUCCAAAACCAUAUGGCAGGAUCCUCCCUUUAUUUCAGAUUUUUUUGUGCCAUCAGAUGGUGUACAUACCUUUCCUGAGGGAGAAUCAUAUGUUCCGUGGGUCCAUGAUCCGAGUCAAAUAAAUGAUGCUGCUGGAGGCAGUGCAACAGUUCCAUUUGAAUCAACCUCUAGCAGGGAAAAAUGUGGGAGUGAAAAAGACAUUCUGAAUAAGUUCCAGCUUUUUAAACAAUUUGAUACUGUCCAAGAUUCCUCAGAUCAUCAUUAUUCUCGCAACGGUUCUUCAACAAAGCAGCCAUCAAAGACUUGGGCAAAGAAAAUACAGGAAGAGUGGAGGAUUCUGGAGAAGGAUUUGCCAGAUACAAUAUUUGUUAGAGUUUAUGAAUCAAGGAUGGACCUAUUGAGGGCUGUAAUUGUAGGAGCUGAUGGCACUCCCUAUCAUGACGGUCUCUUCUUCUUUGAUGUUUUUUUCCCAUCCAACUACCCCAACGUCCCACCGCAUGUGUACUACCAUUCUGGCGGCCUUCGAAUUAAUCCAAAUUUGUACAACUGCGGAAAAGUAUGCCUGAGCUUACUUAACACUUGGAGUGGCAACCAGAAUGAAAAGUGGAUACCUGGGGUAUCAACCAUGCUACAAGUUUUGGUGUCUAUACAAGGGCUGAUUUUGAACGCCAAGCCCUACUUUAAUGAGCCUGGAUAUGCAAGAAUGAGUGGCUCGGAAAGUGGAGAAAAGAGCUCUGGACAGUACAAUGAGAAUACAUUUAUUCUAUCUUUGAAAACAAUGGUGUACAGUAUGAGGAGGCCACCAAAGUAUUUUGAGGACUUCGUUGUGGGGCAUUUUUUCAAACGGGCUCAUGAUAUUCUGGUUGCUUGUAAAGCAUAUAUGGAUGGUGCUCAAGUAGGAUGUCUUACCAAUGGGGGAGUUCAAGAUGUUGAUGCUGGUGACAGGAGCUGCUCACAGUAUUUCAAACAAAAUUUGUCCGGGUUUAUUAAGACGCUUGUGCAAGCAUUCACACAAAUUGGGGUAAAGGACUGCGAGAAAUUCGUCCCUCCUGCAGAAAAGGGAAACAGAAUAGUGCCUCCUGCAGCAAAGGGUAACAGGCUACUAUUGCCUCCUGCAGCAAACGCUGCAAAUUUUUAUUUUUCUUGAUGAAAAUGCAAUUUUGAGAAUUGACUUGACAAUCUGCAUGCAAGACAGACAUGCAACCUAGAUUUCUGUUUUUCUACAGAAUAAUUUUGUCUUAAAUUACGCACCUUGGUUACUUAGGUUGCUUCAACGUAUUUGGGUAUGUAUAUAGGUGUAGAUACGAAUGGUGGAUUACAGACUACAUCUAAUUUUAUAAAUUAUUGAUGGUAUGAUGGAAGGGAAUUUACCCUUUUAUGUU